AUGGAUUACGUUAGCGAAUUGUACGCCAUGAUCCGCGUACGGUGGCAGAUGCGGAGGAUGGCGGGGGAAUUGCAGGCGGACGACGAGGACCUCCGUUUCUGUUAUGAUGUGCUGCGUGACGUGUCGCGCUCCUUCGCUCUCGUCAUUAUGCAACUGAAAGCUGCUCUUCGUGAUGCUGUAUGUGUUUUUUAUCUCGUUCUGCGAGCCCUUGACACGGUGGAGGAUGACAUGCAACUGCCGCUUGAGUUCAAACUGCGGGAACUUCCGCUUUUUCAUACGCGGCUGCACGAUCACACGUGGCGGUUGGAUGGAGUCGGUGAGGGUCGAGAACGGGAGUUGCUUCAGAAAUUCCCUCAUGUUUCAGCCGCCUUCUCCCGCCUGGACCCGUCAUUUCAAAGUGUGAUUGAAGACAUAUGCAGACGGAUGGCUGAUGGCAUGUGCGACUUCCUCCAGCGCACCGACACCUGCAAAGCAAAUAACAAAGAAAUCAGUGAGGAUAAUUGUCAUGAUGGCAAAAGUGAGAAGAGUGCUGUGGAGACUCGGGAGGACUUUGAUUUGUACUGUCACUACGUUGCCGGUCUGGUGGGACUUGGACUCACGCAACUUUUCGUUCGAAGUGGUCUUGAGAAGGCGGCACUUGAGGAAAACAUGACGCGCGCCAACCACAUGGGUCUAUUGCUGCAGAAAACGAAUAUUAUUCGCGACUUCUACGAGGACAUUUGUGAGAGCCCGCCUCGCGUGUUUUGGCCGCGCGAAAUAUGGGGACAGUACACCGACGACCUCCAUGCAUUUAAGGGAAUAACGCGACCGACCAAUGGAUCUAAUGACACCGCUUGCGGUGAAGGUAGAAAGUAUAGUGACGAAGAAAAGGAGAUCAUUAAGUCCAAGGCGGUGGAUUGCCUUAACGCGAUGGUGGCAGACGCCCUGGUGCAUUUACCACCAGUUAUCGAAUACCUCGCAGAGCUGCGUGAUCCCACUGUUUUUGCAUUUUGCGCAAUCCCGCAGGUGAUGGCUGUGGCGACAUUAGCACUGGUCUUUGACAACCCUGAUGUGUUCCAUAGCAGGGUGAAGCUCACGCGUGGCGCCACGUGUAAAAUCAUCCACAACGCCACCGAGUUGUCUGCUGCGCUGAAGCUCGUGAGGACAUAUGCUCAAAAGUUACUUGCAAGCGCGCAUGCCGGCGUUGCCAGCCAUGAGGCGGUAGCGCAGUCCCUGCAGGUUGCCAUUAAGACAAUGGAUGAGCAGGUGUUGCGACACAAUACCAAGCUGGUGGAAGGACCGACACGGCGAGUGCUGGCGCAGUAUUCCGCAUUGGGAGGCGGGCUUCUGCUCAAAGUUGUCGACGGUGUCUUCGGUUAUUUGGGCAGGUGA